CUCUAGCCUUGAGGUAUCCCGCCAUUUGAUUUGCAAAUAUAUAUAAGCGCUGCGCUAUUGUUCGCACACGAACAUUAUUCCGUGCACUCACUUGUUUUAGACAGAGUUUCACACAGUGUCAUUUGACCCUAUUUUUCUUUUUAAUUUUUUGGGAAAACAUUUGUCUUCAAGAUGGCAGACGUCAUUAUGCAUCACGGAAAUGCUUCAGUCUUGUUCAUUGGACACCCAAUGAUGGACAUGUUUGCACGUGUUGACGAUUCCGUUGUGGAGCGUUUCUCUGUGCCCAAGGGUGAAUCCAACAUUGUUAGCCAAGAAGUGUUCGAUGAGUUGAACAGUAUGAUCAAGCUUGAGAAGGUUACUCCAGGUGGAUUGUCUAGCACUAUGGCUUUUGCUUACCUUGGUGGUAUCGUCAGCUUCUUCGGUAUUGUGGGUGACGACGCCUAUGGUAAACAAUUUUACAAGGCUGUAAAGUCUCAAGGAGUAAAAAUGUACACUCCGUUUAGGAAAGGCGUACCAACAAGCAGGCUUUUGUCCCUUAUUACUCCUGACCAUGAACGUACUAUGUACCUAUCUAUGGGUGCUUCCCACACGCUCACUGUAAACGAUAUUAAGCCUAGUAUUAUGGACAAGCACGACUACUUUGCAGUCAAUGGAUUCGUUUUUUCUGGUCCUGACCAAGUUAUCUUUACGAACAUGAUGGUUGGAGAGUCCCUUCGUCGUGGAAAGGGUGUUAUCACCCUCAUUGCCAAUCCUUUCUGUGUUCGUGUCAACGGUCACUUCUUGAAGCCAAUUAUUGACAGAUCUGAAUACGUUUCUGGUAACAUAGAAGAGUACUCUAACUUGUACAACAUGCACGACAGGUCCGAGUUGCGCAAGUACCUUGCUUCUCGUACCGCUGGUGAAACCCCUAUUAACAAGGCUAUCAUUUUGACCCUGGGACCAGAGGGCGCUAUCAUCUUCCACCACGGUGAAGAAUUUUUCAUCCCCGCUGCCGAAUGCGAUGUUGUUGACACCACCGGUGCUGGUGACUUCUUCGCCGGUUCCGUGCUCUACGGUAUGCUUAACGGCUACACUUUGCAAAAAUCUGGAGAAUUCGCUCGUGUUAUUGUCGGUGAUCUCAUCUCUCAUAUCGGUUGCACUUUGAGCCCAGAAGUUCGCGCCAAGGUUGACGCUAUCAAGAUGGAAGCUUAAACUUUUACUUUUUCAAAAUUAGCUAUAUGUUUCCUAUAAUUACAUUUUUUGCAAUAUACAUCUGACAUAGGGCAUGUAAUAUUAAUAUUU